AUGCUACCAGCACAUAGUAAUAUAUCCAACCCGUCGUGUUUAUCAAACUUCUCUAGGAUAUUCACGAAAGUUGGCCUAAGCUUUCUUAGUUCAACUUAUUUAACGUUCAGGAUGGCGAAAGGCGACGUAAAAGACAAGCACAACGAAGUCAUUCAUGAGGGUGAUUAUGUCUUCACCCGCAUUCGCGGUGGCUCACACCAAGGGGGGGUCGAAAGGAUUGUCACGGAUGAGCAGGAAGCCGAAGAGGAGGGCGUCAAGAACCCACCCAAGGUUGUAUUCCAUGAUCGGCGUGGCAAAAGAGUCGCCCAUAAUCCAGGAACCCUAGAGAAGGUGGAACAUUGA